AUGCCGGUCCCACAAACGCAGAGAGAGGCAGAGCUCAGCGAUGGGACACAGACCGACACAGAGGCGAAACUCUUUUAUCCUCCUUCACGCCGCAGUCCUAUCAGGAUGCCGUCUAGUGCCUCUGCUUUCAUCCAAAUGUUGGUGGUGGUUUGGUCCAUCCCCUUUGUCCUUAGCGUGAGUGCUCUUCCCACAGAUGCAGAGAAAGGGCGGAGGAGAGUGGUCCAUGUUCUUGAGGACGACACGGGGGCAGUGAUCGUGCAGACCGCUCCGGGUAAAGUGGUGACCCAUCGAGGCGGGUCCAUAACGCUGCCCUGCCGCUUCCACCACGAGCCCGAAGACAUCGACCCCUCCCGCAUCCGCAUCAAGUGGACCAAGGUGACGGACGCACUGCAGUUCGAGGAUGUCUUUGUGGCAUUGGGAAGACAGCAGCGUGUGUUUGGGAAGUACCGUGACCGCGUGUCCCUGGAAGAGGCAGGACCAGGAGACGCUUCAGUCGUCAUCCACAACGUGACCCUGGACGAUUACGGACGAUACGAGUGUGAGGUCACCAACGACAUGGAGGAUGAUACCGGCUUCGUCAACCUCGAUUUAGAAGGUAUGGUCUUCCCUUACUAUCCCCAGUUGGGUCGGUAUAAGCUGAACUACCACCAGGCAGAGGACACAUGCAAACAGCAGGAUGCUAUUCUGGCCUCUCACUCCCAGCUGCACAAGGCGUGGCUGGACGGGCUGGACUGGUGUAACGCAGGCUGGCUGGAGGAUGGCUCAGUGCAGUACCCCAUCUCUCACCCCCGGGACCAGUGCGGACGCAAGGACACGCCGGCUGGAGUGAGGAACUACGGCUACAGACACAAGGAGGACGAACGCUACGAUGCCUUCUGCUUCACCUCCAAGCUCAGUGGCAAAGUGUAUUUCCUGAAACGCUUCAAAAAGGUGAACUACGGCGAAGCAACCAAGGCGUGCGUGCGGGACGGCUCUGUCAUCGCCAAAGUGGGACAGCUCUACGCGGCGUGGAAGUUUCAGCUUUUGGAUCGGUGCGAGGCGGGAUGGCUGAGCGACGGGAGUAUUCGCUAUCCCAUCGUGAACCCCCGCAGCCGCUGUGGAGGGGACUGGCCCGGAGAAGAAGACAGAGGGGCUGACGAGUGCAACAACAAAGAGUCCAAUGAAGAAGAACAGCUCUAG